AUGGCGCCCAUCUUCGCUGCAGCAUGGGCCGAUUGUUCGACAAGUGUACGAAGCUCCGCCCUUGCCGCAGUCGUGCGGCGGGCCAGCAACGUUUCUCUCUCCGCUGGGCAGAUUAUGGGCAAAUACACUUGUGGUGGUGUGGCUCAAGGAGCCAAAAACGCGUAUGGCAACGGAUAUCUGAGUGUUCACAUCCGCAAGCCUUAG